UCAAAAUGAUUAAAUGACAAUGUCAAAUAGUGUUACGGUGUUUGCACUUGCACAUUUUUAAACAUUAAAUAUUUUGCCUAAAUUUGCCGAUGUUUAAUAAAAUUAUCACUCGAAAUAAUUUCGAAUACACAUUCGAUGCAAUGUUAGCUCCAAGAGAACAAAGAAUUAGGUUCGGUUCAUCAUAACGCACAAUAAGAAUGGCUGCAUCUGCCAGCGAGAUCGAAGACUUCCUAGGCGGACCUCUUAUUUCGUGGUUCAAAUCAUGUCUGGCAGAGCCGGAAAGCAUCAAGAACUAUUCCUCGCUAUUCGAUGGAGAUAUCUUACAUCAUAUCUACCUCCAGAUUGAUCCGGAGCCAUCCUUUCACAUUACGAAACUAACUGGUCUCGAAGACCAAGCAUUAAUAUUGGGGCGAGUAAAAAACUUUGAUGCUAUCAUUAAAAAUGUUAAAGCAUUAUAUGAGGAGGAGCUAGGAAUGACGCUUUUAGUUGUGCCAGAAUGCAUUUGCUUAGGAAAGGCACCAGAGUCUCGAGAGGGGUUGGAGAACAUGAAGCUCCUAGCUUUGUUGUUACUCGGUGCAGCUGUUCAAUGUCCCAACAAAGAGCUUUUUAUAACAAGAAUAAAAGAACUGGAUGUUGAUUUGCAACACAACAUUGUUGAAUGUAUAAAACAGGUAACAGAUAUGCAAACUGUUGUCUUGACACCAGAUGCAAUAGAUCUAUUCCAAUCACCAACAAUGUUUAAUCACAUGAGAAGGAUAGCCAAAGAGAGGGACCAUUAUUUGCUAAACUGGGCAUCUUUAGUACUCAAUGAAGGUUUGUGUGAAAAUGAAACAGAAAACAAAAGUGGAAAAAGCAGAUCAACACAAAAUGUAAACCAAAAUAAUGGUGAGAGUCAACACUUAGCCGUAGAAUUAGCUGAUUGGAAAGCAAGGCUUAGAAAACAAAGACAGGAAUUGGAAGAAAAAUCAGAACAACUCUCAGAAUGUCGAGAAGAACUUGAACAUACCAAAUUAGUUUUGGCUAAGUUACGUGCAGAUAGUCAAGAGUGGUUUAAUGAAGCAAGAAAAGCAGCUAGUUACAGAGAUGAAGUUGAUGCUCUUAGGGAAAAAGCAGAAAGAUGUGACAGAUUAGAACAAGAAAUUCAACGGUAUCGUGAUCGCUUAGCUGAUGCAGAAUAUUAUAAAACUCGAGUAGCAGAGUUACGUGAAGAUAACAAAGCCCUUAUGGAAACUAGAGAUGCUUUAGAAGAACAAUUACAAAGAGCGCGAAAGAGGGCCGAACAAUGCUUAACUCUAGAAGCAGCUAUGAUUAAAUUAAAAAGGGAGGCUAAUGACAUUGCUUUGGAAAGGGAUGCUGAUCAGCAAAAGAUUCAAGAAUUAAUUGAAGAAAAUAAUCACUUACAGUACAUAACUAGAUCAGUAUUAAGCGAAAGUAAUAAUAGUAAUUUAGAUACGGAUAACGAAGGUGAAAAUACAUUAGAAUCUGGGGAGAAUAGUUUGUCAGAACAAUUGACAAGCAAUGCACAAGCAAGAGCUUUAAAACUUGAAUUAGAAAACAAGAGAUUGCUAUCUACUAUAGACAGUCUUAGAGAGCAAUCAUUAUUAGAAAGUAGUGACAAAGUGCUUGAGCAAGAAAAAGAAAAAAAGAGACUGACACUUAAAUGUGAACAGUUACAAGAAAAUUGUAACAGACUUAAGCAGCAAAAUUCUGAAUUGGAAGAAGUGUUUAAAAAUGCUUUAGAAGAAAAUCGUAAAUUGCAAGAUUCAUUAGAUAAGCAAAAGUCUUUUAUGGAUAGACAGGCAAUUGAUAGAGAUUCAGAAAAAAAUAAGUUGCAGGACUUUGAAAGGCAUUUAGAAUCCUUAACUAAAGAUAAACAAAGAAUUCAAAUGUUAUGUGAUUCUAUACAACGACGGGCAGAUGACCUUGAGAAAACUUUAGAUUCGAGGACUAAAGAAUUAAAUCUAACUAAGCCUGAAGCUGAAAAAGUAACUCGACUGAUCAUACAAACAGAAGAAUUGAAAACAAAACUAACUUAUAGUGAGAAAGAGUCUCAUAAUUUGCAGAGAGAGGUUAAUAAAUUAAAGGAAGCAAUUGAAGAGAAAGCUGUUUCGCUUGAUACAAUCACCACUGAAAUUGAACUUAAAAACAAAGAAAUAGAAAGGUUAGCUAGACAAUUUGAUAUCAAUCAGACAUUAAGUAAUAAACUUCAAGACUUAGAACAAAAAACACAAGAGCUGAAAUCUCAUAGAAAAGUUGAUACGGAAACCAUACAAACUCUACAAAAAGAUUUGAUAUUAGAGAAAGUCAAUUUUGAUAAAUUGAGAAACUGUAUGGAAAAAUUAGGAGUUAAUACUUCAGACAUAAUUGCUAAAGAUGUAAACGUGGAAGAAUUAUUAGAAAAAGUAAUAACUAAUGUAGACCAUGAAACUUUAAUAUCAGAAAUAGCCGCUAAAGCGAAUAUCUUUAAAUUGGUGCCCUGUAAUUGCAACAAUAAAGAAAAGCCUGAUAUUGAAGAAAGUAUAAUAAAUCCACAAAUAGAACAAUUAUCUGCGGAUCUAGCAGCAUUACAAAUUUCAUUAGAAAACUGCCAAGCUGAAAAUGCUAAACUUCAAGUUAAUGUAGCUACUUUAAAUUCACAAAAUGGUUCACUGAUUUCACAACAAAUGACUUUACAACUUGCAAAUAGUCAGCUAGCUGCAGAAAAGGAGGAAAUUUUGAAGCAGUUGGAAGUCUUAAAAGAUAAACAGGAUAAUCUUUUGCGUGAUCAAGUAGCUUUGCAAACUCUUCACGAACAAUUAAACACAGAGUACGAAAUGUUACUCAGUGAAAAAGAACCUGUAAAAGCAGCCAUUCGGGACUUAAAAACAGAAAAUAGAGAACUUAAGGAAAAGUUGACCACAUACGAGAAGAAAGUCGCAGAAUUUGAGUUGGAGCGCGAGAAUCUAAAAAUAGAAUCAAGAAAUUUGACUAAUCUAAGAGCCGAACAUUCGAAACUAAAAGAAGAUUUUAGGAACUUAUUUACGGCCAGUGACAGAUUAAAGAAUGAGUACAGAAACAUGCAAGAAGAAUAUAGAAACAUUCGAAGUGAAGUGACACAAUUAAAAUUAAGAAAUACAGAGAUGUCUGGUGAGAUAAAUACGAAAUCUGAGGUUAUCACGAGUAUGGAUUUAGAAAUAAGCAAAACUAAUCAACAUUGUGAUAUGUUGAUUCAAAUGAACAAAAGUUUAGAUGCUGAUAGAAGAUCAUUGAUGGAUCACGUUUCACAGCUACUUACUCAAUAUCACGAGUUAUUAGCACACUCUUUAAAAGAUAAGCAACAUUAUCAUGAAGAGGAAAAAAUGUUCGCCGAUAGAGUAAACGCCCUGUGUCGUCAAAAAGAAAAAUUAGAAGAGAAAAUAAUGGAACAUUAUAAGAAACUUGAUAAUUGCGCACCUAAAAGAAGAGGCUUUGGUGCAUCAUUCGUGAAACGUGUGCGGAAAGCUGGCACAGACUUAAUAAACAAAGUGCCUUCGAGGAAUAACAAAAGAAUAGAGGAUGCGAGUCGGUCGAAAUCACAACUGACCCUGGCUGGCUCUGAAUCUGGCGAAUCAGACCCAGGCAGCCAGGAUCUUGACAAGCUAUCCAAAAUGUCCGAUCAAGAUCAAGGUUCAUCAAAUCCUAGUGUCGAAUCACCCAGACACGGGUCUGAAUCAAGUUUUACCAGGCGGUUUGAUGACACUCUUUUGAAGAAAUCCGAAAAUAUGGACAUGUCAGCUUCAAUACAUAGUUUAGACCCUGUCAGGAUUCCUAGUGAAAGUAAUUUCGUUCGGAGGCUGUCUUCCGCGUCUAUUCAUAGCGGAGGAGGCGACGAUGCUCUCAUAAGAGCGUCGCUACGGAGACGGCCACAUAAAGCAGUUCCACCCACACAUCGGAAUAGUUAUCAAGGUCUAGACGGAGAAUCUAGUUUGCCUGCAGCCUCAACACCAUCCCCUGUAUUUGGUGCAGCCGGAACUCGCCGCACAGUAUAUUUGACUGAUGACAAUCCAGAGGUCAAUCUCAACAGCAAACCGCAAAGUACACCGGUCAAGGAGAAUCCUACUUACUUGGUUUACAAUAGAAUUUCCACGGUGAUAGGCGAUGGUGCUUGUAAAAGCAGCGAUAGAUCGAACGAACACCAUAGAUCACAGGAGCCAACGAGAUCAGUGGAUGAUGAAGAGGAUACACAACGUGCUACAAGUCGAGCUGAAAAGCCUGAGAAUUCUAAAGAAACGGCUAUAUGGUAUGAAUAUGGGUGUGUAUAAAAUUUUUACUAUUGUAAAAAUGUGUUUGAUUAGACUGAUGGGAUGCCUUGAAUUUCGAAAUGAAAUUGGAAACGUGUGAUUAUAUCUGUUUGAUAUCUAUAUUAAUAUUAAUAAUGAUGGUAUGAGAUCCGUUAUAAGAAAUAUAUACCCUCAUCUCAUCUGUUAUUUAUUUGAGAUAAGAAAUAAAUGAUGGAAAAUAUUCACAUUGUCACAUUCCACAUGGGUUGCCUAGGUAAAUUGCGACUGAAUAGUAUUAAAUGCAUAUAUUUUUUUAAUUUAUUUAAUUUCCUUCUCUCAUUGGUUAAUUGAAAAAAAAUGUACAUAAGUUAAUAGUAAAUAAUAAAAUAUACCCAAAAAAAGUUAAAAGUAGAGGUUGCUUACUUUCAUACUGCAACCGUGGGGUUGCCAGCAGUUAUGUAAUGUUAUUUAGUCGACUAAUACGUCAAAUGAAAGCAUAUUUUAACUGAAUUAGGUUGUCUUUCCUAGAUUUAGAAUGAUAAAUGUUUUUGGCCGCAAUUUUACUCUGCAAUCUAUUUGCAAGGUGUCACUGAACAUUAUCUAUCAUUUAUUUCGUAGCACUAAUAAAUAACAGAUGGGGUCAUAUAUUUCUAAUGCCGGAUCUUAUGAUAUUUCAAGUAUAUCGUGAUUAUGUGGAACAGUAUUAUUCGGCAUUUAUAUUUUAAAGUUCAAAUAUGAUUGCAGUAGUUAUAUUGUGAAUGUAAAAUGUUGACAUCUCUCUUUUUUAUUAUGUGACUAUUUUUUAUGAGGCUAGAUUUGUUACCCUGUUUAUAAAGUACCUACCGUUGCAAUAUGUUUCAUCUUCGUAAUGUUGCAUUACAUAAAUAUAUAUGAAACCUCAGACCAAUUAUAGAAGGACCACUAUCGCACCUAAAUUCACGAACAAAAUUGUCUGCCAUUUUCUAAGGAAAACGAGCUUAGAUUUGGUAUAUAUCUAAUACUAAAGUAGAAGUUUUUGCCCGUUUUUUACACCAAUAAACUACACAAAAAGGCAUUUUUACGGAGCUCUAACCGACGAACACGGUUACAACUAUGAAACAUCGAUGCUAUAGACAGUUUUAAUAAUCGCAUUAGAUCGUUGAUCAUAUACUUUGACAGAAAAGUAUCGUCUAUAGCUUGGCAACUUCGUAACACUCCCGACGCGGAAGCAGGCCGGGGGGCGUGUACCGAUGAAUUUCACAUCUCACACCACACGCACGAUUUCACACCCGCGCAGUCUUUCCCCUGGUCGCCCGCAUAUCAUGGGAUUGUCAUCAACUAACUUGCCAGACUAUAGCGAGGCAGGUCCUAUACACUAAUUGGUCUGAGUAUGUUACAGAUUGGUUGUCUUUUAGGUAUGUAUAGAGUGAAUGUGAUUCUAUGUAAACUGUUAUGUUGACUUAUAGGGUAUAUGCAUGUGGUCCGAAUGGAGGCCAGAAGGCCAGAUAUUUUUUUUUUUGUAUUCUUUAUUGGUUUUUCAAUUUUAGAAAUAGAUUAAUAAUAAAAAAAUACACGCAUAUUGUUUAUUGCUAAAUACUCGAUACAUAAGACAUACAUCCAGUUGAAUUAAGGUGUUUAGGGAAUGGUUAUUGUAGGAGUAUUUAAAGCAAUAAUCACUAAAAUUGGAUAUUUGUGUGAAAGUCAUUUACAAUGUGUCGUCAUCAAAUAAUACAUUUUUAUAUCACUCUUCUAGGGCAUAUUAUUCGCCGGUGUACCGAAGUGGCGAAGUAACAUUUGAAGCUGUAUUAUUUUUUUAUGUUACCAACAAGCGUAAUAAACAAGAAAACGAGCAAACAAAUUAAUGAUAAGCCUUUAAAAAAAUAUCGUAAAACGGUAUUGCAAACUUUUUUUGAUAAAGUAAUGAUUAAUUUUAUAUAUCAUAUCAUUAUUAAAGUAGAAUUAUCAAGAUUUUUUUUAGAUAUAAGUAAACUGCCGGGUGGUUAGGAUAGGUAUGGGCCGGGGAUGACCAUUCCCCUUUGUAAUCUUUUCAAAUUACUGUACUACUUGUUGUAUUAAUAAUAUAACAGAAUACUUAUUAUUUGAUGACGACAAAUAGUGUAAAUAAUGAAUCGUAAAUUAAUAGUAUAGUAUGUGCCAAAUUUCUAGUCUGCUUUGAAGUUGCAACACGCCAAACUAAUUUGUGUUCAGAGCUGACUAAAAGUUUGGCGACGUUUAUAAUAAGAUAUUCCUAGUUUUUUUAUACGCUGUAUCGUACAAAUAUCAGAGGCAUAAUAAAUACGUUGAUUCGAAGAGCCUUUUUUAAAGAGGUUGAAAGUAUUAUCAACACAUUUGUUUGUAAUUUUUCAUAUAGGACUCCUUACUGUACUUCCUAACUUGACAAAACAAUGCCUAUAAUACUUGUGAUCGUGAAAGCCUCAAUCUGUUAUAAUUAUUAAUUUUGGAGAAUAUCCCGAACAGACAAAAAGUAUUUUAAAUGUAUUAUUCCUAGCUGUUCUUAUUUUAAUUCUCCAUUUAAGUUUUGGUAUUUAUAUUUUUCAAAGUAAAUCUUUACCAUAUGAAUCUGGUGGAAUUUACUUACAAAUGUAUUGAGAAAAUAUUGUAUUUGUGUGCAUUUAUAAAUAAAAAUCAUAGCAAUAUUAUUAAAAUCCUUCCUUAUAAUUAUAAAGCCUGCCUAAUUUUAUGCAGAAAGCAACACAUUUGCACACUAUUAUAAUAAAUAAUUAUAUCACCAUAUCAGUAAAGUAUGUAUAUUAAAAAUAUAAAUAAUUAUGUGCCUAUAAUAAAUAAUAAUAUUACAUAAUAUUGCCUUGCCAGUGGUCUGUGACAGUUAAUAAUAAUCAAACGUUUGGUUAUUGCAACUUUUUAAAUAAAUUUGACAAGCUCUAUUAUAAUUAAUAAUAUAGUCCAGGAUCCAGUGAACAUUUUUGCAAAUUAUUACUCUGAAGCAAAUUUUUCGUAUUUGCUUUUUUUUUGAUGACCUCGUUAUCAAUACAUAUGUCGAUGGAAGGAACUACAAACCGAAAAACAAUUAAAGAAUUUUUGUAAAGGAAAUACCUCAUCAAAAUGAAGCUACUCACAGAAAUGAUAGUUGAUAAAAGUUGUAAAAAUGCUUCUGGAUCCUGGACUAAUAUAAUUUUAUUUGUGAUUUUUUGCUGAUGAGAUUUUUUUUUAUAUAGAACAUGAAGUUAGAAUGUUGUGAGGAUUAGUAAUGUUAGUUUUAAGUACAAGUUCAUAAUAUUUUCUUUAUGUAUAGGUUCUUUUUAUUGAUAUUAAUUUUAUUCUUAAAUAAUGUGUGACAAUAGUAGGUAAUAAUGAUUUUUAAAGUAUAAACCCAGUGUACCUUUAUUUAGAAUUUUAUUUAGUUGUGUAUGUAGAUAGAUGAAAUCUUACUACAGUGAAUUAGAAAUAUAUAAUUUAAAUUGAUAAUUCAAUAACACUAUGUUUAACAAUUAAUGCAUUUAAUAUCUAACGUAAGCAAUUUAUAUGGGAUUUAAAUUUAAUCACAAUUUUAAUUUCAUAAUUUAAAUAAACUAUCUCAUAUUGAUUGAAUUUUAAUUCUGUUUUUUUUUCUUAUAUUAAUAAGACUUAUAAUAACAAUCACAGUAAUUAUAAUUAUAAUUUAAUAAAUAUAUUUUUAGUACAAAAUGAAUUAUGAUUAAAUUGAAUCAAUAGAAUUUUUUUAUUAAUAAUUUUUCUUUUACGUGGUAACUUUGUAUGAAGGACUCUGUAUUUAAAAUUUUAAAACUUUGAUUUUCAUGUUGUUUUAUACGUAACUAGACUGAUGAAAAAAAUUGGUGUACCUUCAUUAUAUAAUAAUUUAAAAUGAUAAAUUUAUUUAGUACUACGAGAGCCAGAUCACAAAAUAUGUAUUAAAAACUCCAAUGAAAAUCGCGAAUUAGAUAUUAAGUAAUGUAAUAAGCACCCCAAUCUUACAAUCCAAAUAAGGUUUCAUUUUUUGUAUUGUCUUCAUGGAUAUGGAUAUGGGAUGACAUUGCCUAUAUUAUUCUACAGAAUUGUAAUAUCAAGACUAAAAAUUCAGAAUUGUCAUCAUUUUGCAGAGAAUGAUGGGACUAUAAUUUUUUUUAAAAGCAUAUCAAUAUUGUAAUGAAAAGUGAUUGUAUAACCCCCAGACAAGGAUUUUAUGUUUCCGUUAGGGGGUGUAUGAUUUUUUUUCAGAAUAUGUUUCUUUCUUAUUUAUGAACUUGUUUUUGCACAGCAUAUAACAAGAUUCUGUAGUUACAAAAUAGUGUCUGGCAUUAUACCCAGCAUGAUAAGUGGCAUGAAUGUACUAGAAUGCCAGGUAAAAAUAAUUUAUGUAUAAGUACAGGAAAUCUAGAAAAAACCGAUGGUAGAAUCUUUACAAAUAGUAAACUGACGUUUCAAAAGUGGUUGGAAAGUGAGCCUACUUAAAAUAAAUGAAUUUUGAUUUUUUUUGAAUUUUCGAAAAUCAUAUAAGAUUAGUAAAAGUGACAAUGACAUUAAUUGUAGAUGAGAAUGUCCUCUACAUUUUUUGUCAAAUAAACUUUAAUGUAAAACUCAUAGUUUAGGAGAAAAACGCAAUCCAAAAACUUUUUGACUUUCUGAGCUACCCGUCGAUGUACUCAAGUUAAGCUUGUUGCUCCCUACCAGUUAUAAAAUCUCGAGUCAUAUUUCCUAGAUUUCCUGUACUAUACUGAUCAAGUUAGAAUAAACAUUAAUUAAAAAGAAAUAGAAAAAGAUUCAUUUUGUUCAACAAUACAUGUUUCAAUAUCAAUCAUACUGUCAUAUUUUGGUAGUUUUCGUACCCAUGUUGAUGUUAUAAUUCGCAACAGCUUGAAAUAAUAUAUGCAAGGCUUAUUGCAGGCCUAAUGACUGGAGGGAGCGUUGGAAAAUGGUACUAUCACAUGGUGCUCUGCUUUACUAUUAAGUAGAAAACGAUUACUGUACAAUGUUUCGUAUUGUUUUUUUUUUUAUAUUACAGUGAUGUACUGUACUUAAUAUAAUUAAUCGCCUCUCACCGAAUUACUUAUCUUAGCACACCUUUUUUUGAAUAAAACAUCAAUACAA